GGGGACAAGCAGGGCCGGGGCCGGGGCUGGGCGGCGGCUACAGCUGCGGCUAGGGAGGAGCAUCGCUAUUUAUUUUGGGAACCGCAGCUCCCCCUCCCCUGGGCCCCCCCGCCCCUAGCAUCCCAGAGCUAGCUGGGCAGAGCCGGGGGCGUCACCAGCUCCCCCGCCCCCCCCGACGCCGCCGCCCCCCCAACUCCAUCUUCACGCUCUCGCCUCUCCCUCCUCCGCGGCCGCCGCCUCCCCAUCAGGGUUGGGCCUCCUGGAUCGCUGCUGCCGCCGCUAUCCUCGGUCCUCCUGAUUAUCCCCCUGUUUCCCUCUUCGAGGGAGCGGCCGCCUCCGGAGUUAACGAGCGGUGAAGCUCAGGCCGCGGGGCCUCGCAUGGUGCCGGGGCCUCUGGGCUGACGGACGCCCGAAUUCGGGCCCCCCAGAGCCGCCUCUAACCAAAACCGCGCCCGCCGGACCCAGAAGAAUGGUCACUAGCAGCAAACUGAUUUGGCCCAGAGUGGAGAAGUAAUUUGCCUAAAGUCACACAUAUAUACAGAUAAUUAGCACCAUGGAGACUCAGGUGUCCGGCGGCCCCCCCCCUACAGCCCUGCCCAAUGGGCCGCUCGUCAGCACCAACGGAGCCACCGACGACAGCAAGACCAACCUCAUUGUCAACUACCUGCCCCAGAACAUGACGCAGGAGGAGUUCAAAAGCCUCUUUGGCAGCAUUGGGGAGAUCGAGUCGUGCAAGCUGGUCCGAGACAAGAUCACAGGGCAAAGCUUGGGCUAUGGCUUCGUGAAUUAUGUGGACCCCAAUGAUGCGGACAAAGCCAUCAACACCCUCAAUGGCCUCAAGCUGCAGACCAAGACCAUCAAGGUGUCCUACGCCCGGCCCAGCUCAGCCUCCAUCAGAGAUGCCAACCUGUAUGUGAGUGGCCUCCCCAAGACCAUGAGCCAGAAGGAAAUGGAGCAGCUCUUCUCCCAGUACGGGCGCAUCAUCACCUCCCGAAUCCUCGUAGAUCAGGUCACAGGUGUGUCUAGGGGCGUGGGCUUCAUCCGGUUUGACAAGAGGAUUGAGGCAGAAGAGGCCAUCAAGGGCCUGAAUGGGCAGAAGCCGCUAGGCGCCAGUGAGCCCAUCACUGUCAAGUUCGCCAACAACCCCAGCCAGAAGACGGGCCAGGCCCUGCUCACACACCUUUACCAGUCCUCCGCACGGCGGUAUGCGGGACCCCUGCACCACCAGACACAGAGGUUCAGGCUGGACAAUUUGCUAAACAUGGCCUAUGGCGUAAAGAGUCCCCUGUCGCUCAUCGCCAGGUUUUCGCCCAUCACCAUCGACGGCAUGAGCAGCCUGGCGGGGGUGAGCCUGUCCGGGGGCGCGUCGGGCGCGGGCUGGUGCAUCUUCGUCUACAACCUGUCCCCGGAGGCGGACGAGAGCGUGCUGUGGCAGCUGUUCGGGCCCUUCGGGGCCGUGACCAACGUCAAGGUCAUCCGCGACUUCACCACCAAUAAGUGCAAAGGCUUCGGCUUCGUGACCAUGACCAACUACGACGAGGCGGCCAUGGCCAUCGCCAGCCUCAACGGCUACCGCCUGGGCGACCGCAUCCUGCAGGUGUCCUUCAAGACCAGCAAGCAGCACAAGGCGUGAGCGCCGGUGGGUGGGCCGGUGGGCCAGGCGGGCUGGGCGGGGCGGGCGGGCCGGGGUGCCGGUGGGGGGCAGGGCCGAGAAUCGGAGCCGGGCCAGGCGGGGGAGGUGGGGGGCGGGGGCCGACCAGACUCACAGAUGGACGGGUGGGCGUCUGAACAGACCCGCCCCCACCCCCCACGGGGAAGGAAGCAGCCGCCCAAACUUAGGUCGCCCUCCCGACUCCCCCUUCCCGCCCCUUAGCCCACCCCAGCAGCAGCCCUUGGACCCACCAGUGUUAGCCCUGGCCCCACCAGUGUGUUCCUGCGGGAGCAUCCCUCCCCUUGCCCCUCCCUCGCUCCCCCACCUGGCCCCCCCUGCUCCUCUGCUCCCCUCCCCCCCUCCCUUGCAGCGUGACAGAUGUCGACUGACAGACAGGAGGACACGCUGCAGCCACUGCUGCUAGGGGCGGGGCGGGGGCUGGGGGGCGCCAGAACCUCCCUCUCUGGCCUGCAAACCGGAGGGUGGAAAGAAUGGCCCCCUCCCCUCUCUGCCCCAUAACCUCCCGGGGACUAGGGAGCGGGAUUAGGUUUGGAGCGGGGAAGGUGCUGGCCUUAGAGAGGGGCUGGGGGUGGGGAUGGGCCCCUCCUGAACCCCCCCUUUUUUCUCGCCCUCCCCCCAGAUACUGGCUCACUCGCUCACUCUCUCUCGAUCUUCCUGAGCACUGAGCUCUUGGUUUCAGUCAUUCUGAAAGUUUUUUUUUCUCUUUUAUUUUGGCAAAACAAAAACCGAAGACGCAAAAACCUGGUGGUUUAGCCGAGGCUGGGGAGUCAGAGGAAGUGGGGGUUCAGGGCCCCCCAUCAUCCUGGGCAGAUUCUGCCCGGGACCCCUGCCCUUCCAGGCCCCAGGACCAGGAGGGGUGAGGGAGGCAAAGGAACAGGUUUAAAAAUCCCCAAAAAAAGAGACCUUGAGAAGGGGGCCUGGCCCCAGGAGAUGGUGGGAGGAGGGUGGGGGGGAGAAGCUGAAAACAGAAACACAAUGGAAAAAAAGGGGAAAAAAAAAGAAAACUCUAUUUUUGUAAAAAGGGAAAAAGACCUUGUGGAGAAUUUUUACUGGGGAUUCUUGAACUUGACAAAAAAAAAAAAAGACAAAAAGACAAAAAAAAAAAAGAGAGGCUUUUUGGCAGGUGAGGCUGAUGGGGCUGAGGUUGGGGCCUGGAGGGGGAGGGGAGGGGCUCUCCAAGGGCACCCUGGGAGUGUCAUACAGGAGACACACACACACACACACACACAUGCACACAGGAUCAGUUAUAUUAUACACACUCAAGGGGCCAUCAGUCACCCACACACACACACACACACACACACUGUUAGAGACACUUCUCCACCUCCACCACACGCUACACGCAGACACACACAUGACCACACAGACACUCCCUCUCUGGUCACCUCCCUUUCUAGAAACUGCCUCAAGGUUCCCUUCAAGGGAGCCCCAUAAUGGAAGGACUUAACAUACUAGCUCAGAACUAACCUUGGGGCCAGACCAGGGACCAGAGGGACACUCAGCCUCCCUGGGCAUGGCCCCGAGGGGCCAAAGGUCCACGCUCCCCAGCCCCAGCCAUCUCCUCCUCCCCUUGUGUCAGCGUUGGGGCUCCCCUGGCCUGAGGUCGGAGCGCAGGAGCUGGGCAGCCUCCCAGCUCGUCCUGGUUCGGGGGCCCAAGCCAGGCCCCGGUAACUUCAGGCCGGGACCCGGUGCUUGGGCUCGUUCUGGGGGAGCCCGAGAGAGCGGGCGUGUGGGAGGUAGGGGCUCCUUGUUCUUCCUCUGCCACUACCCCUCUUUCCCUAGAACCAGUGGGGCCGGGGCCAGUGCCAAGAGGGGCGCAGAGCCGGAUCUCAGCCCUAGUCAGGGUCAGGGCUGUGGGAGCAGCGACCAUACUGUUUGGGAAGAACGUUGAACCUCCCCUUAACCAGUGGGAGUCAGGAUGGGAGGGAGCUCAUCCCCCAAACCCUGUGGUCCCAAAGGCAUAGGGUCAGUGCCGGCCACUCCCCUCAGCUACACAGUCCUGGUCUCCUAGACACCACUCUUCCAUCCCUAUUCCCCGCAUUGUGGGGCUGGGCCACAGGAGACCUGCCUCUCUUAGGGAGGCAGGCGGUGAGACUGUUCCCCAGACCUCGGGCAGCCAACACCCCUCCCCAUCCCCUAGUGGACAAGCCCUGGCCCUGGUGCUGUGGGGGCCUGAGCCGGCCCCACCCUCCCAUCCAAACCCACCUUCUGGGAACAAUACAAAGAGGGAAGUAGACACACCUGACCUCUUCUACCCCCCUGACACACUCUCACCUAGGUCCCUCCCAAACCUCUCCUUGGUUCAGGGGAACUGAGGCAGCCCCCAGGCCCAGGCCCUGACCCUGGCCCAUCCCACCCCUCAGCGAUCCCCAUUCCCCGAUCCCCUCCAUCCCACCUUCUCCCCCUCUCCCCUUCCAUCCCGUCUGGAAUGUGCAUUUAUAGUUUCUGUUUUUUCGUUUCAAUAAAAGCGAAGACCGUGGCCUGGCCCUGGCCCCCUUGGUCCGCGGGCUCCGCUCUCCCCAGCUGGGGCAGCCCAGCUCAGCCUCAGUUCAGUGAGACACCAUUCACCCAAGUCAGCUUCUUCCUUGUUUCCCGUUAGGCGUUAGUUUGGGGCCUGGACCCCCUCCCUGCGCUCCCUCCGUCCUGUGCUCCCCCCGUGUUCGUAGGUGUCUGUGGAGCUUCUGCUGCGAGAAAAAAAAACAACAAAAAAAAAAAAACAACAAAAAACAAUAAAACAAAAAAAAAAAAAAA